AUGAAGGCCUUCGUGCAUGAUCAGUCAACGUUUGAGAAUGAAAAUGAACAUCUCGACAAAAUGAAUGAGAGACAGGCAUUGAAAGAAUGUCUCAGUCGAUUGAGAGCUGACAAAAUUUCUGGUACGGCAGAAGAACUGUCUACAAUUUUCAAUGAAUUAUAUCACCUUUUUCCGAAGGAAAAACGUUGGCUUGAGGCAACAAAACAUGUGUUUCUUGCUGAUGGUUUUAGCCGCAAGAGUGUGGUCUUUGUCGAUUCUUUCAACAACGGUAUUACUGAUUACCGUACCGCUGUUUCUAAUUAUGAACAUGCAUUAGAAAAAUAUGGCAAAGAUUUGUCUGAUCCUGAAUUAGACUUUUCUGUUGAUAUUGGUUAUAUUCAUUAUAGUCUCGGUGACAUUUAUCACCAUGGAAUCAAAGACACUACAUCGGCUAAUAAGCACUAUGAUGUUGGAAUUGCCUACUGCAGUUCCUCACUUAAAACAUUGGCGAGAUACAAGGACAAAAUAAAACUGUAUGACCGUCUAAUUUAUAUGUAUGGAUGGAAGGCAGAUUUAUGCGCUGAUGAUAUCGAAGAAAAGAAAAACAGAAAAACUGCCGUCCAGUAUGAAGAAUCAAAGCUCAAAGAAAUGUCGCGACAGCUUCCUCCUGAAGCAAAGGAAUGGGCAGACGCUUAUGCAGAUUUAGCUAAUUUGCAAAACGCAGCAUUUCUCCUCGAGGAAGCUGUGAACAACUACGAAAAAUCGGUUUCUCUCUUGCUUCAACAAAGUCCUCCUGAUUAUUAUCGCUGUGCUUGCCAUUAUGAAAGUAUUUCGAAAAUGUACAAUGAACAGAAAGGAGACAACGCUGCUGCACUUCUGUAUAGGAAAAAACAAUUGGAAUACAUGGUAAAAUACAGGGAGCACAAGUUAGAAAGCUCUUUGUGUCCUACUAUACACUACGAACAAGCUCCACUUGGUGAAAGUUAUGAAAAACUAGCUGAUAUUUAUAUAGAGCAACGUCAAUUUGAAUCAGCUUAUAAGUACUUGAUGUCAGCAAAACAAGUUUACGAACAGAUUAGCGAACAGAUAAACCAAUCCCUUCUGCGCUUAAAUAUCGACUUAUCGCCCUUCUGGACAAAGGACCUCACUUCAUUUGAACAAAAGGUACUGAGUGUCCUUUGCUUUUUAUCAGACGAUGACGAGAUAGAUAGAUUGUGA